ACAAAACAAACUCAACCCCACACCACACCUCUCCUCUUUGCUCUGGGGUUUCGCCUCUCUCUCUCUCUCUCUGAAAAUAAAAAAAGCAAGAAGAAGAAGAACAAUCUCUCGCCUUUUUCUCUUAACUCCACUCUCUCCUCAUGUGUAUGCAUCCUUCUCAGUUGUAGUAGCAGUAGUUGAAAGGGUAGAUUGUAAUAAAGUGGAAGCCUAAUGGCAACGAUACGAUCGAGUUUGCCAUCGAGACUACGGCAGCUUUUGUCCGGUGAUAGCAUCAUCGGUCCAUCUAUUAAAUUAGACUCUGAAACUCCUCCUAAAAUUAAAGCAUUUGUUGACAAGGUGAUCCAGAGUCCAUUGCAAGAUAUAGCCAUACCCCUUUCUGGCUUUCGGUGGGAGUACAGUAAGGGGAAUUUUCAUCAUUGGAGGCCUCUGUUUCUGCAUUUCGAUACAUACUUCAAGACAUACUUGUCUAGUAGGAAUGGCCUUUCAUUAUCAGAUAAUAUUUCAGAAGAUGAUAGUCCAUUUCCAAAACAUGCGGUUCUUCAAAUUUUACGUGUGAUGCAAAUAAUUUUAGAGAAUUGCCAUGACAAGAGUUCAUUUGAUGGCUUAGAGCAUUUCAAGCUCCUUUUAGCAUCCACAGAUCCAGAGGUUCUUAUAGCUACAUUGGAGACUCUUUCAGCACUUGUUAAAAUCAAUCCGUCUAAGCUGCAUGGAAGUGGGAAGUUGAUUGGAUGUGGCUCAGUAAACAGCUAUCUCCUGUCUCUAGCACAGGGUUGGGGAAGUAAAGAGGAAGGCUUGGGCUUAUAUUCAUGUGUUAUGGCAAAUGAAAGAACACAGGAAGAAGGGCUUUGUUUGUUCCCAUCUGAUGAAGAAAAUGAACUGGACAAGUCUCAACACCGAAUUGGCUCAACCCUUUAUUUUGAAUUGCAUGGUCUGACUGCCCAAAAUACUAUGGAAAACAGUAGCAAUACAACUUCUAGUUUGAGAGUUAUACACACAGCAGACCUGCAUUUACAAAAAGAAGAUGACCUACAGUUGAUGAAACAGUACAUUGAGCAGUAUAAUGUACCUCCUGACCUUCGAUUCUCAUUACUGACCAGAAUCAGAUAUGCUCGGGCUUUUCGUUCUCCUAGAGUGUGCAGGCUGUACAGCAGGAUCUGCCUCCUCGCAUUCAUUGUGCUUGUUCAGUCUGGUGAUGCGAAUGAUGAACUGACUUCCUUUUUUGCUAAUGAACCUGAGUAUACAAAUGAGUUGAUUAGGAUUGUGCGAUCAGAAGAAACUGUUCCUGGAACCAUCAGAACUCUUGCAAUGCUGGCCUUAGGUGCUCAGUUAGCUGCUUAUACAGCAUCACAUGAGCGGGCACGGAUUUUAAGUGGAUCUAGCAUCAGUUUUGCUGCAGGGAACCGCAUGAUUCUCCUGAAUGUGCUUCAGAAAGCUGUUUUGUCGCUGAAGAACUCCAACGAUCCAUCCUCUCUUGCCUUUGUUGAAGCACUUCUUCAGUUCUAUUUGCUCCAUAUUGUGUCAUCCUCAGCUUCAGGGAGCAAUGUUAGGGGGUCUGGAAUGGUUCCUACUUUUUUACCACUUUUGGAGGACUCAGAUCCCAGUCAUAUGCACCUUGUCUAUUUGGCCGUGAAAGCCUUACAGAAGCUCAUGGAUUACAGCAGUUCAGCUGUGUCACUGCUUCGAGAAUUGGGGGGAGUAGAACUUUUGGCACAAAGGUUACAGAUAGAAGUACAUAGAAUUAUUGGCUUGGCCGGGGAAAUUGAUAAUUCAGUGACCAUUGGUGAAUGUUCAAGAUUCAGUGAUGAUCAUAUCUACUCGCAGAAGAGGCUCAUCAAGGUGCUUUUGAAGGCACUUGGGUCUGCCACAUAUGCACCUGCUGGCAAUGCCAGAUCCUUGAAUUCCCAUGAUAGCUCCUUACCUUCUACUUUGUCACUGAUAUACAAGAAUGCAGAUAAAUUUGGAGGUGACAUUUAUUACUCAGCUGUGACUGUUAUGAGUGAGAUUAUUCACAAAGACCCAACUUGUUUUCCUGUUUUGCAUGAAAUGGGUCUUCCAGAUGCAUUUUUAUCCUCAGUGUUAGCUGGAGUUCUUCCUGCCUCAAAGGCUCUUACAUGUGUUCCUAAUGGUCUUGGUGCCAUCUGUCUUAAUGCAAAAGGUUUAGAGGCAGUGAAAGAAACUUCUGCUUUACGGUUCCUUGUUGAUAUCUUCACCAGCAAAAAAUAUGUUUUAGCGAUGAAUGAAGCCAUUGUUCCUUUGGCAAAUGCAGUGGAAGAGCUUUUGCGUCAUGUAUCUUCAUUGAGAAGCACUGGUGUUGAUUUAAUUAUUGAGAUUAUUGAUAAAAUUGCUUCCUUCGCGGACAGUAACUGCUCAUCAUCAGGGAAAGUUGUUGGCAGCACUGCAAUGGAAAUGGAUGCCGAGAACAAGGAUAGUGAAGGGCAUUGCUGUUUGGUUGGUGGUGUUGAUUCAGGUGCAGAAGGAAUCAGUAAUGAUCAGUUCAUCCAGCUAGGUAUUUUUCAUAUGAUGGUGCUGCUUCACAGAACAAUGGAAAAUGCUGAAACAUGUCGGUUAUUUGUGGAGAAGUCAGGGAUAGAAUUUUUGCUGAGGCUUCUAUUACAGCAUAACAUUGUCCAAUCAUCAGAAGGAAUGUCUAUAGCUUUGCAUAGCACUAUGGUUUUCAAGGGUUUUACCCAGCACCACUCUGCACCUCUGGCACAUGCAUUCUGUGGCUCCCUUAGGGAUCAUUUAAAGAAAGCUUUGACUGGAUUUGGCAUGGAUUCUGGGUCCUUUUUGCUUGAUCCCAGGACAAUGCCAGAUGAUGGAAUCUUUUCAUCACUUUUCCUUGUUGAGUUCCUUCUAUUUCUUGCUGACUCAAAAGAGAACCGCUGGGUAACUGCACUGCUAACAGAAUUUGGAAAUGGUAGCAAAGAUGUUCUGGAGGAUAUUGGACGAGUGCAGCGAGAAGUUCUUUGGCAGAUUGCUUUGCUUGAAGAUGCUAAGCCUGAGGUGGAGGAUGAUGGCACUAGUUCUGCUGCUGAGUCACAAGAGUCUGAACUGGGCACAAAUGAAACUGAAGAGCAACGAAUUAACUCCUUCAGGCAGUUUCUUGAUCCAUUAUUGAGAAGGACAUCUGGGUGGAGUUUUGAAUCCCAGUUUUUUGAUCUUAUAAAUCUGUACCGUGAUCUUGGUCGUGCUACAACUGGAUUUCAACAAAGGCUAGGUACUGAUAGUUCUAUAAACCGGUUUGGAUCUACUCAACAUCCACGUCAUACUGAAUCUUCAGACACUGCUGGUGCUAUCAGUAGGAAAGAAUAUGACAAACAGAGAUCUUAUUAUAGUUCUUGCUGUGACAUGGUGAGGUCGCUUUCUUUUCACAUAACUCAUCUGUUUCAAGAAUUGGGAAAGGCAAUGCUGCUUCCUUCUCGUAGGCGGGAAGAUACUGUGAAUGUUUCCCCAUCUUCCAAGGUAGUGGCUUCUACUUUGGCUUCCAUUUCAUUGGAUCACAUGAGUUUUGGUGGUCAUGUAAGUUCUGGAUCUGAGGCAUCUGUAUCAACCAAGUGUCGCUACUUUGGCAAGGUUGUUGAUUUCAUUGAUGGCAUAUUAUUGGACAGACCAGAUUCCAGUAAUCCAAUACUGUUAAAUUGUUUAUAUGGACAUGGAGUUGUUCAAUCUGUUUUGACCACAUUUGAAGCCACUAGUCAAUUGCUCUUCACUGUUAACAGGACCCCUGCAUCCCCUAUGGAGACUGAUGAUGGGAAUAUAAAACAUGACAAUAAAGAAGAGGCUGAUCAUUCAUGGAUUUAUGGUCCCUUAGCUAGCUAUGGUAAACUUAUGGACCACCUGGUGACAUCAUCAUUGAUUUUGUCUCCGUUUACAAAGAACUUGCUUGUGCAUCCUCUGGUAAAUGGAGUUAUUCCUUUUCCACGGGAUUCUGAAACUUUUGUUAAAGUGCUCCAGUCUAUGGUGCUCAAGGCAGUGCUACCUGUUUGGACUCACCCACAGUUUGCUGAUUGUGGUAACGAUUUCAUCAGUGCAGUUAUUUCCAUCAUCAGGCAUGUUUAUUCAGGGGUUGAAGUGAAAAAUGCAAACAGCAGCACGAGUGCCCGUAUCACUGGUCCUCCCCUGAAUGAAACAACUAUUUCAACCAUUGUUGAGAUGGGUUUUUCCAGGUCUAGGGCAGAAGAAGCUCUGAGGCAAGUUGGAUCAAAUAGUGUAGAACUGGCAAUGGACUGGUUAUUCUCCCAUCCCGAGGAAGCUCCAGAAGAUGAUGAACUUGCUCGCGCACUUGCCAUGUCUUUGGGGAACUCAGAAUCAGAUGCAAAGGAAGAUGCUGCAACUGCCAAUAGCCAACAGCUUGAAGAAGAGAUGGUCCAACUUCCUCCAGUCGAGGAGUUGUUGUCAACAUGCACAAAGCUUCUGCAAGUGAAGGAGCCUCUAGCUUUUCCAGUUCGGGACCUCCUUCUGUUGAUAUGCUCACAGAAUGAUGGUCAAUACAGGUCUAAUGUCAUCUCGUUUAUUCUUGAUCAAGUGAAGCAAAGCAGUCUGGUCUCUGAUAGCAGAAAUAAUACCAUGAUAUCUGCUCUUUUUCAUGUUCUUGCCUUGAUACUUCAUGAAGAUGCGGUGUCACGUGAAAUUGCGUUAAAGGAUGGUCUGGUUAAAAUUGCAUCAGAUUCACUUUCACAGUGGGAUUCUGGUUCAAUUGACAAAGAGAAAAAACAGGUUCCAAAGUGGGUAACGACAGCUUUUCUUGCGAUGGAUCGGCUACUGCAGGUGGAUCAGAAAUUGACAUCUGAAAUUGUGGAGCAGUUGAAGAGGGAUGAUGUCAGCAACCAACAAAUCUCAAUCAGUAUUGAUGAGGAUAAGCAAAACAAAUUGCAAUCUCCACUGGCGUCACCUACAAAGCACAUAGAUGUAGAUGAGCAGAAGAGACUUAUUAAGAUUUCUUGCAGUUGUAUCAGGAACCAGCUUCCAUCUGAAACAAUGCAUGCUGUGCUGCAGCUAUGUUCCACACUCACGAGAACUCAUUCUGUAGCUGUUUGUUUUCUUGAAGCUGAGGGUGUGAGUUUGCUUCUUUCUUUGCCAACAAGUAGCCUCUUUUCUGGAUUUGAUAAUAUUGCUGCUACUAUUAUCCGUCAUGUCCUUGAAGAUCCUCAAACCCUCCAGCAAGCAAUGGAAGCUGAGAUAAGGCAUAAACUUGUUACUGCUGCUAACCGACAUUCAAAUGGAAGGGUCACUCCACGCAAUUUUCUUCUGAAUUUAAGUUCUGUCAUCUCUCGGGAUCCAACAAUUUUUAUGCAGGCUGCACAAUCUGUUUGUCAAGUUGAGAUGGUAGGUGACAGGCCUUACAUUGUGUUGCUGAAAGAUCGUGAGAAAGAUAAAUCCAAAGAGAAAGAAAAGGAGAAGGAGAAAGCUUUGGAAAGAGAGAAACCACAUGCUGGUGAUGCGAAGGUUACUUUGGGCAGUAUGAAUACAUCAUCACCUGGGUAUGUGCAUGGGAAACUUCAUGAUAUGAAUUCAAAGAGUUCCAAAGCUCACCGAAAAUCUCCCCAGAGCUUUGUACAUGUUAUUGAGCUUCUUUUGGAUUCAAUCAGCAGUUUUGUACCUCCCUUGAAAGAUGAUGUUGUGACUGAUGUGCCAUUAUCCGUGGAUAUGGAUAUUGAUGCUGCUGCAACUAAAGGUAAAGGAAAAGCAGUAGCCACUGUUUCUGAAGAGAAUGGGACCAGUUGCCAAGAAGCAUAUGCAGUGCUUGCAAAGGUUGUUUUUAUCCUAAAGCUUUUGACUGAGAUUGUGCUAAUGUAUCCUUCAUCUGUUCAUGUGCUUCUUAGAAGGGAUUCUGAAGUUAGUAGUUGCCGGGGCCCUAAUCUUCAGAAGGGUUCCGCUGGUUUGUGUACUGGAGGUAUAUUUCACCAUAUUCUUCACAAGUUCAUUCCGAGUUCUCGAAAUAUGAAGAAGGAAAGGAAAAUAGAUGGUGACUGGAAGAAUAAACUAGCUACUCGGGCAAACCAGUUUUUGGUAGCAUCCAGUGUUCGUUCUGCUGAAGCAAGGAGGAGGGUCUUUGCUGAGAUCAGUGACAUUUUCUGUGAGUUUGUCGAUUCUUGUGAUGGCUUUAGGCCACCAACCAAUGAUAUGCAGACAUAUAUUGAUCUGCUAAAUGAUUUACUUGCUGCCCGUACACCUACUGGCUCAUACAUCUCCCCAGAAGCUUCUGCCACUUUUAUAGAUGUUGGUUUGGUUAGGUCUUUGACUCGAACUCUUGAAGUGUUGGAUCUGGAUCAUACUGACUCACCUAAAGUUGUAACUGGGCUUAUCAAAGCUCUGGAGUUGGUAACCAAAGAACAUGUCAAUUCUGCUGAUUCUAAUACUGGGAAAGGUGAGAGUUCAACAAAACCUCCUACAGAGAGUCAAUCUGUCAGAACAGAGAAUAUUGUUGAGAUUUCCCAGUCAACUGAAAUGGGCUCACAAUCCAACCAUGAUGCUAUGUCAGCUGACCAUGCCGAAUCAUUUAAUGCCAUCCAAAACCUUGGUCGAUCUGAGGCUGUUACAGAUGACAUGGAUCAUGAUCAGGAUCUUGAUGGAGGUUUCGCUCCUGCUACUGAGGAUGACUUUAUGCAAGAAACUUCUGAGGAUAUGAGGAGUCUUGAAAAUGGCAUGGAUACUGUUGGGAUAAGAUUUGAUAUCCAGCCUCGUGGGCAAGAAACUCCGGAUGAAGAUGAGGAUGAGGAUGAAGAGAUGUCUGGAGAUGAGGGGGAUGAAGUAGAUGAUGACGAUGAUGAAGAUGACGAGGAGCAUAAUGGUUUGGAAGAAGAUGAAGUCCAUCACUUGCCACAUCCCGACACAGAUCAAGAUGAUCAUGAUAUUGAUGAUGAUGAGUUUGAUGAGGAAGUGCUGGAGGAAGACGAUGAAGAUGAGGAGGAAGAUGAUGGAGUUAUUCUCCGGCUGGAGGAGGGCAUCAAUGGGAUAAAUGUUUUUGACCACAUCGAGGUUUUUGGUAGAGACCAUGCCUUUGCCAAUGAUACUCUCCAUGUUAUGCCAGUUGAAGUUUUUGGUUCUAGACGUCAAGGGCGUACUACAUCAAUUUACAAUCUUCUUGGUAGAGGUGGCGACAGUGCUGCCCCCUCACGACAUCCCCUUUUAGUUGGACCUUCAUCAUCAAAUUUGGGCCUUCCCAGACAAGCAGAAAAUGCCCGCGAUAUGGUUUUUACAGAUAGGAACUUGGAGAGCACCUCAUUACAGCUGGAUACUAUUUUCCGCUCGUUGCGUAAUGGGCGUCAUGGAAACCGUUUGAACCUGUGGAUGGAUGACAAUCAGCAAAGUGGUGGAUCUAAUGUAUCUGUUCCCACAGGCCUUGAGGAGUUGCUUGUCUCUCAUUUGAGACAGCCAAACACUGAAAAACUCUCUGAUCCAAACACAUUGACAGGGGAGCCUAAACGCAAUGGUGAGAACGUUCAGUUACAGGAACCAGAAGCAGACACGCACCCUGACAUCCAAGUUGAAAACAAUGCAAACCUUGAGGGCAGCAAUGCACCAACUACCACUUCCAUAACAAUUGAUGGACCUGGCAAUGUUGAGAUCGGACUGGCAGCAAGUGAAUCUCACACACAAUCUGUUGAAAUGCAGUUAGAACAGAAUGAUGCUGCUGCCCGUGAUGUUGAGGCAGUAAGCCAAGAAAGCAGUGAAAGUGGGGCAACUUUAGGGGAAAGCCUUCGGAGUCUUGAUGUUGAAAUUGGAAGUGCUGAUGGUCAUGAUGAUGGUGGAGAAAGGCAAGGUUCGGCAGAUAGAAUGCCUUUGGAUCCACAGUCAACUCGGAUAAGGAGAACGAGCAUGUCUUUUGGAAAUUCUACUCUUGCAACUGGGAGAGAUGCAUCUCUUCAUAGUGUGACUGAGGUAUCUGAAAAUUCUAGCAGGGAAGCAGAGCAAGAUGGUCCAGCUGUGGAACAGCAGAUUGGUGGUGAUACUGGAUCUGGAUCAAUUGACCCUGCUUUCUUGGAUGCCCUUCCUGAGGAAUUGCGUGCUGAAGUCCUCUCUGCUCAACAGGGUCAAGUGUCACAGCCUUCAAAUGCAGAACCACAAAACAUGGGAGAUAUUGAUCCAGAGUUCCUUGCAGCCCUUCCCCCAGACAUCCGGGCAGAGGUUUUAGCACAACAACAAGCACAAAGACUUCAUCAAUCUCAUGAACUGGAAGGUCAACCUGUUGAGAUGGACACAGUCUCAAUCAUUGCAACAUUCCCUUCAGAUUUGCGUGAAGAGGUUCUCCUAACAUCAUCUGAUGCUAUUCUUGCCAAUCUCACACCCGCCCUUGUUGCGGAGGCUAACAUGUUGCGAGAAAGAUUUGCUCAUCGUUAUAGCAAUCGCAAUCUCUUUGGUAUGUACCCUAGAAGUCGUAGAGGUGAGUCUUCUCGACGGGGUGAAGGUAUUGGAUACAGUCUGGAAAGAGCUGGGAUUGCCUCCCGUAGGUCUAUGACUGCUAAGCUUGUUGAAGCUGAUGGAGCUCCUUUAGUUGAGACAGAAUCUCUUCAAGCAAUGAUUCGGGUGCUUCGCAUAGUUCAGCCGCUGUAUAAAGGACCACUACAAAGGCUUCUCCUGAAUUUAUGUUCUCAUGGUGAAACCAGAGCUACUCUGGUAAAAAUCCUGAUGGAUAUGCUGAUGGUUGAUAAAAGAAGGCCUGCCAAUUAUUCAAAUGUUGCUGAGCCAUUGUAUCGACUCUAUGCUUGCCAGAGCAAUGUGAUGUAUUCGCGUCCACAGUCUUUCGAUGGAGUUCCACCCUUGCUGUCUCGGCGUAUCCUUGAGAUGCUGACUUACUUGGCUCGAAACCAUCCCUAUGUGGCAAAAAUUUUACUUCAGUUUAGACUGCCGCUCCCUGCACUAAGGGAGACAGAGAAUACUGAGCAGGCACGUGGCAAAGCUGUGAUGAUUGUAAGGGAAGAUGAUAGAAAGCAGCACGAGGAAGGAUACAUAUCUAUUGCCUUACUCUUGAGCCUCUUGAACCAACCUCUUUAUUUGAGGAGCAUAGCACAUCUUGAACAGCUGCUUAACUUAUUGGAGGUUAUCAUUGACAAUGCUGAAAACAAAACAAGUUUAUCAGAUAAAACCGAGGCUGCCACUGAACAACCAUCUGGCCCCCAAAAUUCCAGUUCAGAUGCUGACAUGAAUACUGAAGUUGGUGCUACCACUUUAGGCGUUGCUGGUUCAUCUUCCGCCAAACCCACUUCUGGUGCAAAUAGUGAAUCAGAUGCUCAAAUCAUACUGCUUAACCUGCCACAAGCAGAACUUCGACUUCUAUGCUCAUUGCUAGCACGGGAAGGUUUGUCAGAUAAUGCUUAUACUCUUGUGGCGGAGGUAAUGAAGAAGCUGGUUGCCAUUGCUCCAACCCACUGUCAUCUAUUUAUUACAGAGCUAGCCAAUGCUGUUCAAACUUUGACAAAAUCUGCCAUGGUUGAGUUACGCAUGUUCGGUGAAGCAGUGAAAGCACUUCUCAGUACAACAUCCUCUGAUGGAGCUGCAAUUUUGAGGGUUUUGCAGGCAUUAAGCUCCCUUGUUACUUCACUAGUUGAGAAAGAGAAGGAUCAGCAUCUUCCUCCAGAAAAAAAGCAUACUGCUGCUCUCUCUCUGGUAUGUGACAUCAAUGCAGCUUUAGAGCCUUUGUGGUUGGAGCUGAGCACCUGCAUAAGCAAAAUAGAGAGCUAUUCAGAUUCUGCUCCUGAUUUGCUACCGAGAACUUCUACAUCUAAGACAUCUGGUGUGAUGCCUCCACUUCCAGCAGGAUCACAGAACAUCUUACCAUACAUAGAGUCCUUCUUUGUGAUGUGUGAGAAGUUGCAUCCUGCACAGCCAGGUUCCAGCCAUGACUAUAGUAUUACAGUUUCUGAGGUUGAAGAUGCGAGCUCAUCUGCUGCCCAGCAGAAAACCUCAGUCCCUGGUUUGAAAGUCGAUGAGAAACAUGCUGCUUUUGUCAAGUUCUCAGAGAAACACAGGAAGCUGCUUAAUGCUUUCAUCCGUCAAAAUCCUGGGUUGCUUGAGAAGUCUUUCUCACUCAUGCUGAGGGUUCCGCGUUUUGUUGAUUUUGACAACAAGCGAGCCCACUUCAGAUCAAAAAUAAAACACCAGCAUGAUCAUCAUCACAGUCCUUUAAGAAUUUCUGUGAGAAGAGCUUACAUUCUUGAAGAUUCAUACAAUCAACUUCGCAUGCGAUCAACCAUAGAUUUGAAAGGGAGGCUGACUGUUCACUUUCAAGGAGAGGAAGGAAUUGAUGCAGGUGGACUGACGAGGGAAUGGUACCAGCUGUUAUCCAGAGUUAUUUUUGACAAGGGAGCACUGCUGUUUACAACAGUUGGCAAUGAAUCAACGUUUCAGCCUAACCCAAACUCUGUUUACCAAACAGAACAUCUAUCAUACUUCAAAUUUGUUGGAAGAGUUGUUGGGAAAGCACUUUUUGAUGGUCAACUUUUGGAUGUCCAUUUCACUCGAUCCUUUUACAAGCAUAUUUUAGGAGUUAAAGUUACAUAUCAUGACAUUGAAGCUAUUGAUCCUGAUUACUUUAAAAACCUGAAGUGGAUGCUUGAGAAUGAUAUAAGUGAUGUUCUGGAUCUCACUUUCAGCAUUGAUGCUGAUGAGGAGAAGCUUAUACUGUAUGAAAAAAAUGAGGUGACGGACUAUGAACUCAUUCCUGGUGGGCGUAACAUUAAAGUCACAGAGGAGAAUAAGCACCAGUAUGUUGAUUUAGUUGCUGAGCAUCGUUUGACAACCGCUAUUCGUCCUCAAAUAAAUGCCUUCUUGGAAGGAUUCACUGAAUUAAUUUCCAGGGAAUUAAUUUCAAUUUUUAAUGACAAGGAGUUGGAAUUAUUGAUAAGUGGACUUCCAGAUAUUGAUUUGGAUGACAUGAGGACCAAUACUGAGUACUCUGGAUACAGCCCAGCAUCUCCUGUCAUACAGUGGUUCUGGGAGGUUGUUCAAGGAUUCAGCAAGGAGGAUAAGGCUCGGCUUCUGCAGUUUGUGACGGGCACAUCCAAGGUGCCUUUGGAAGGCUUUAGUGCUCUCCAAGGAAUCUCAGGUUCACAAAAGUUCCAGAUACACAAGGCUUAUGGGAGCCCUGAUCACUUGCCCUCAGCUCAUACUUGUUUCAAUCAAUUGGACUUACCGGAGUAUCCUUCAAAACAACAUUUGGAAGAGAGGUUGCUACUUGCCAUUCAUGAAGCCAGUGAAGGGUUUGGAUUCGGUUAAGCUGUGGGGCCAUUGCAGAAGUUAUUGUAGAUAAUGUGUGUCACAGGCCAUGAUUAGAAAAGAAUUCGGUGGCAUUGAGAUGUUGAGUUGAAACAUGUUAAUAUACUGUACAGCCGUCCUAUAAUUGGCUAUGGGAAAUCCUUUGGCAGUUUUUCAA